GGUGGCGUCACGUGUUCGUGCCUUUCCUGAAGCCCACACGGGCACGCACGCACGCAGCUCGCGGAAGGAAGGGUUCUCGCCGAGAGACAGGCACGGGAGGAGAGGGAGAGAGAGGGCGCGCCGGGAUGACGUCAGUCGCUCAGCAACAACCAGGGCAGCAGUCGUCGCAGCGAUUGAUGUCAUACGUGGGAGACGGAAGUAGGGGGCGGAAGUUAUGUUAUGGUGGGCAAUGCAGCGGGGUCCAUUCAAUCUGAUGCCCACAGGAACAUGUAACACGAUGUUAAUUGGCACCUCAGAGGAAACGGGCGUUCGUAUUUGGCCAUGUGAGACUACAGUUACGCAUAUACUAUCUGAAUGGCAGACAUAUACACAACCUGCAGGCAAAUAUUUCAGUACAAUAACAUGUUUCAUAGACACAUGUGAUUCCACAGAAUCAAAAGAAACCACGAGAGUCUGCCUGUGCUCGGACAAGGACUGGUUCCCUGCCCUCCAGAGAUGUGUUGCAGAUAUCCUUUGGAAAGCAGAUGGACUUCAAGUCCCAGAAUCCAUCACUCCACAUUGGAACAAGAAUCUAAGUGAAGAUACUGGGUAACUCAAGGAAUCAGUGGACAGUUAGAAGAUUUCCAGCACCUAAAAAUUACAUUUGCAAAUUCAAGUGGUGAAUGGACUCUAUACUUUGUGUUUCAUCAGCUCUUACAGCCUUUUAGAAGCCUUGCAACUUACAUGCAAUAAUGCUUGGAUUUUUAUGGGCACGACAGACAGGCCAAGAUAGCCCUGUCCAGCUCCAGCGUGCUGAAGCAACAAGGAGGAUACUGAGUUUGGAGUUAAAUAAGGAUAGAGAUGUUGAAAGAAUGCAUGAGAAUGGUAUCAACACACUUGAUAUUGAGCCAGUAGAGGGCAGAUAUAUGCUAUCUGGAGGAGCCGACGGGAUAAUUGUUCUUUAUGAUCUUGCCAAUCUUGGCAAAACCCAAUCUUAUACUUGUAAAGCAUUGUGUAAGGUUGGCAAAAGCCACCCUGAUGUGCACAAAUUUAGUGUUGAAACAGUUCAGUGGUAUCCUCACGAUACUGGCAUCUUUACAUCAAGCUCCUUUGAUAAAACACUAAAGGUAUGGGACACUAAUUCUUUACAGCUAGCUGAAGUUUUUCAUUUUGAUGAGACAAUUUACAGCCACCACAUGUCUCCUUUGGCAACAAAGCACAGUUUGAUUGCAGUUGGCACUAAAAACCCGAAAGUGCAACUUUGUGACUUAAAAUCUGGGUCAAGCUCUCAUAUUUUGCAAGGUCAUAGAGGAGAAGUACUUGCAGUUUGCUGGUCCCCACGUUACGAUUAUAUCUUAGCAACUGCGAGUACCGACAGCAAAGUAAAAUUAUGGGAUGUCCGCAAAGCAUCUGGAUGUCUGAUAACACUGGACCAGCAUAAUGGUGAAAAGUCUAAAGCUUCUUCAGAAGCCACAAACACAGCACAUAAUGGCAGGGUUAAUGGAUUAUGCUUCACUAGUAAUGGCCUCCAUCUUUUGACAGUAGGAACUGAUGAUAGGAUGAGACUUUGGGACAGUUCAUCUGGAGAAAAUACUCUAGUGAACUAUGGAAAAGUUUGUAACAACAGCAGGAAAAGUCUAAAAUUUACAGUGUCUGUAGGCUGUAAUCCAGAGUUUGUAUUUGUUCCAUACGAUAGUACUAUUGCUGUAUACACUAUCUACUCUGGGCAAAAGAUAAGUGUAUUGAGGGGACAUUAUAACAGUGUGGACUGUUGUGUAUUUCAGCCUAAUUUUCAAGAGCUAUACAGUGGCAGCAAAGACUGCAAUGUUCUUGCCUGGAUUCCUUCCAUCCGUGAACCGGUUCCUGAUGAGGAUUCAAAGAAAUCAGGACAUCGGACACAUAUUAAUCCUGCAUUUGAGGAUGCAUGGAGCAGCAGUGAAGAUGAAAGUUAAAAGAAGUUGUAUAUUCAGGCCAUGAGUGAAGCAGGCACUGCAUCUGAUAGGGUGGGAUGCUGGUGAAUUUUAGACACUAGAUUUCUCUAUAAUGAGCAAUAACCUGACUAACUUUGACCUAAGCAGUGUGUGGUGGCAGAUUUUAUUGCUCUAUAGAUGACUGCCACACAGAAGUACAGUGGUGAGUGAUAAACUCUGUUUGUUACAAUGGUCUAAUGACUUGAAUUGAAGUUAAAAAUACCUUACCUUAUGCAUUUAAUAAGCCUAUGUUAAACCUAAACCUUGUAAAUAUGGCUAAGGUUGGGAAACAUGGUUUAUUUUUUAUUUAUUUUUAAUAAAGAAUAUUGUUUUCUUCUUUAAA